AGAAGAUUAGGAGUAGCAGUAGAACUCUAGAAGGGGAGGAUAUACUCAUCUUCUACGAAAACCAGCUUCUGCUUUUUUCACGAUCAGCGAACCUUCUUCUUUCAAAGAUUCUUUUUCUUCCACAAUCAGCCAACUGCCGCCGCCUACUGAAAUCACCUCCACCGUCUAGAAACAUCAGCAAUCCGAUACAAUACAAUGACCUGCUGCCGACUCCAGAAAUCACAUCCACCGUCGAGAAACCUCUGCGAAUCAUUACAGAUUACCGCAUUGCUAAAAUGGUGAAAAGUUACAAGAAAACGCUAGCUCUUGGACAUGGUUUAGGUUCUAAGGAAACUGACAAGAUAAUAAAGAAAACACUGGCCAAGAGGACAAGGAAAGUUGCUGAUUAUAAACCACAAUACCGGUCGAAUCUGCAAUCAGUAAUAAGGGAGAUUGAAAGUCUGUCCUUCAGAAAAGCCCACUUGACCGAGCUUAAGAAAACACCAUUCUGGUACCUUAUACACAGCAUCAUCAACAACAAGCUCGACAAGCAUAAGUGCAGGAAGAGCGAUGAUGCCAUUAUUGAUCUCAUAUUCUUUUUUGAUGCCAAGUCAAGGACCUUUUAUAUCAACAAGAAAAAGUUGAAUAUAACAAGCGACGAUAUAAGGUUGAUAUUUGGUAUUAGGGAUGGAGGGAACAUAAUUGAUUUUGGGAAAAGGACAAAGAAGAUACCAACUGAAUUUGUGAGACGAAGGUUUGAAAAAUGCGACAGGCUGACAAAGGUAAUAAUUUCUGAUGCACUAAAGUUGGCAAUUCAAGGGAGGCAACAAAAUGACAUUGAAGAUGUUGCUAGGCUACUGACUCUCCAUAUUCUCGUCUCCCUCUUUGUCCCCAACAAAGCACAAUCAUUGGGGUGGACCUACAUAGAGUAUGUUGAAGAUAUAACCAACGUUACUACCUAUGACUGGUCAAUGCACAUACUUGAAUGCUUAUAUAUGUCUCUAUGCGCGAAUGCAAACAAUCCAACAGACGUCACCGGCUGUGUUAUGUCCCUACCAUUUUGGUUGUGUGAGCAUGUGGAAAUCAUUGAACCUAUGGAGCAAGAAGCCUUCCCUCGAUGUCUCAAGUGGGAUCUGAGAAAACUAAUGAAAACACUGAAGGAAAUUGAUCUUCAGAAAAUUGGGAAAAACAAAGUAAGCGGAGGGGAUAUAAAAAUAACAAAAUUUGAAAAGGAUUUGAUGAAGACAAACCCAGAAGAAGAAAGAGACUCUGGAGAUGAAGAGACAGUCUCAAAGGAAGAGUCGAAGUUGGGAGGAGGAAAAGAAGAGCAGGGAGGAGAAAAAGAAGGAGAAGAAGAGUCAGCACAAGAAGACAAUGAGUUAAUGAAAAUUUCAGGAGAAAAUAGACGAGAAUAUGAAGAUAUAAGAGGAGGAGAAAUAGAAGAAAUAGGAGAAGAAAGAGGAGUAAAUCAGGACUCGGGACUCAUUAAAUUGUACGAGGUUGCACAACAUGUGGAAAAUACAGAAGAAAAGCAAAAUGAGGCUCAAUCUAAAAUUCAAGAAUUGGAAAAAGAACUAAAAGCCUUAAAAGCCAGAGAGAUUGAUUUAGAGAAACAACUGGCUGAAAGUAUGUCAAACCUUGAAAAGAAGGACAAAGAGCAUCAAGAUGCACUCAUGAAGCUGGCAAGCUUAUAAGAAAGAAAAAAUGCUAGAAAUAAGGCUUUAAUGGGACUAGGUGAAAUGGUUUUGCCUUCCUUUUAGGGUUUUGUGUCCUUACUGUGAGGCUGUGAUGGAAGUUUCAAUCUUUGUUUGAUUUCACGUUGAUUUAGCAUGCGUUUCUUCUCUUUGAUGUGCAUUUGUCCUCUUUAUUGUAUUGAAAAGGGUCCUUUUAAAGUAAUGUUGGAUUGUUAUUGAAAUAACUGAUGAUAGUUAUGCUUUGCACUGGCAUGUUUGCUGCCUGAAGUAGGAGCCUUAGUGCUGUCAACGACCUUUUUAGCUGUUAAAACGUUUAUAUUUUUCCAAUAAACUUUAUUGCUGCGUAUUGGUCUAACUUUUUAGAAGUAAAAUAUUUUUCUCUUUACUAACAGGAAUACUUGGGCAUUAUAAACAAAUUUUCUUUUGGAGGUUCAAACCAUUACAAGCUUCAUGUGUGGCAGUUUGAGGCCUAUUUUGUGGUGAAUCUAUUCUUCCUCACCGACGUUCAUGUUGUUUAUGAUAUUUUGAAAAUCUUACGUUAUUCUCUUUUUUUCUUCUUAUGUUUGUGUGAAUUCGUGUAUUUCAUUCCAUGUAAAGAAAAAAAUUUUAUGCUUGUAUUGAAUCCUGUUUUCUUUCUCCUUUCUUUCAUGCAAGUUCUCUCUUUCCGUUGCAUGCUACCGAAUGUUACUCUAUUGUUUCUAGUUGCCCUUUAUAUAUUCAGUCUUUCUACAUGAGUUUCAUGCAAUUAUGUUGUUCUCUCGAACCUUUUUAUAAUAGAUUUUUCAUUUUCAGUCCAUCAUAAAGUCUUGAUAUAUCCUGGUUGAUACUUCUUAAAUGCAUAUAAUAUUUCAGGGGAAAAAAAGGGGUUCUUACUUCUUACUAGGACAUGUUUUAUAAUUGCAGAAGCUACACCAAAGACCAUUAUGUGGACAGUGACUGUGAAGGGACUAACUCUUUUUCCAUUUAAAAAGCCACUUGCAGGUUUUUCAUUGUUGGACUAUAUAUUUGUGAUGUCAAACUAUUAAGUCAUUGAAGAUUGUGGUGAAAGAGGAGGUCUAAUGGACUUGUUAAUAACCUGCAAUAUUUUGUGAGCACAGACCUUUGAGUAACCUAUGAUGUUUCUUGACAUAUUACAGAAAUACAGAAUGGGUAGGCAAAUUGGGAAAGGAUAUGGUUGAGGCACCCACGGAUGAAAUUGAAAAACAAUAAGAAUUGUUGCGGACCGGGGAGGGAUCUUCAGUUGGAGGGAAGAAUAAGACGCCGAGCUUGGAUUAUACACAUUGUCUCUGAUGUGGAGUGAAGUGAAAUUGAGAAUCCAGAGAUUGAAGUGACCCAAAUUAACUCUCAUGGAGGAAUCACUGGUUAUGGUAUAUAGAGCUGAAACUUGACAUUGUGUUUCGGUCGAGGGGAGACAAUACAGUUUCAACUGUACAAAUGCUAAUCUGUUCAUAUCAACAGCUGUGGUAGGAGGAGUGAUGGAAUUGUCACGUCCCAAAAAUAUCAAUUCCAAUAUGCUUAGAGCAAUCACAAUGGUUGCUUUUAAAUGGCCCAUGGAUAAUGUUUGCUAGUUUGUUUAAUGGACCAUAUAAAAAAAA